AUGAAGCUCCUAUACAAAGCAAACCCGAGAACUUUGGUGUUGUAUUCCGACACAUACAGUCUAACAUUUAGAACCUCAGCCAAGCAAACAAAUGCUCCAAAGCCAACAGUCAACUUGGAGCUAGUACCAAACAGCAACAUUUCACCGGAAUCCGGGUUUCGCACUUUACUCAGAAGAGAGGUGUAUGGGUGUUUAGGUUUGAUUUAUGUCGACAAUCAAAUUUUCCUUUCGGUGAUCACGGGAGCCUUAACCAACGUUGCCAACCCAAUCAAGAAUGAGACAGUGGAUAAGAUCUACUCAGUUGAUUUUGUAUCGUUGAAUAACAGUGAGUGGGAUUUUGUGGAAUUGGAUUCACAAGGGUAUCCCGUAGUGACCAAUGACGAUGACGACGAUGCGAGGUAUAACCGUAUACAACAUCCAUGCUUUGAGUUUAGAAAAUUGUUAUCCAAUGGAUCCUUCUAUUACUCGAAUGAUUUUGAUUUAACUUCAACCAUACAAACCAGAGGCGUCAGUGAAAGUCUUGACGAAUUGAAUCAUUAUAGUCCACAGUACAUGUGGAAUUCAUUCUUGAUGGAUGAAAUGAUACAAUUUAGAUCCAACUUGGAUAGUAACAAUCGACAGGUGCUAGACGAUAAUCGAUUCUUAACCACCGUCAUUCGGGGGUUUGCCAAGACGGUUUCAAUGGGACGUCAAGAUUCAAUAACAAUCAUAUCGAAACAAUCGUGGCGAAGAGCAGGUACUCGAUACAACACUAGAGGUAUCGAUGAUGAUGGGAAUGUGGCAAAUUUCGUCGAAACUGAGUUUAUCUAUUACAACCCGUCGAGGAAAUCCAUUUUCACCUAUACCCAAAUCAGGGGGUCAGUACCGACAUUUUGGGAACAAGACUCAACUUUGAUCAACCCGAAAAUCACCCUCACUAGAUCCUCAGAGGCGACUCAGCCAAUGUUUAACAAACACUUUGCUGAAAUUGGAGAGAACUAUGGAGUAUGCCACAUUGUUGACUUGUUAUCAAAGACGAAAUCAUCAGAGGUGCAGUUGUCUAAUAGAUAUAAACAAUUGUACAAAAACUGCGAUCGUAAAGAGGAGAUUGAAUACACGGCAUUUGAUUUUCAUGCAGAGACAAAGAAUGCGGGUGGAUUUUCUGGGGCUACAAGAAUAUUACCCAAGUUGUACGAAUCUAUGCGUGAAUUUGGCUAUUUUUCUUACGACAUGGAGCAAGACCUGGUAAUAACUCGACAAGAUGGAGUAUUUAGAGUCAAUUGCUUGGACUGUCUUGACAGAACCAAUUUGAUAGAGCAAGUCAUUUCUCGAACCGUGUUUGAAAACAUCCUCAAGCAACAAAGUGCAUCACAUGGGAAUCACGCCAGGGACCAUGCAAUGAUUGAAAACUUUGUCAUUAGACAUAAUGAAUUAUGGGCUGACCAUGGUGAUGCGAUAUCGCAAAUCUACACGGGAACAAAUGCAUUGAAAUCUUCAUUCUCAAGAUCAGGAAAGAUGAAUCUUGCCGGUGCAUUAUCCGAUGUGACAAAGUCAGUUUCAAGAAUGUAUCAAAACACAUUUGUCGAUGGUAAGAAACAAUCCACGAUUGACUUGUUAUUGGGCGUUGGUGGUCCUCAAUCGAAAAAGGUUAAAAUCUUUGAUCCAGCUAGCGAUUAUGUCGCAGCCCAGUUGGAUCAACAAUCACAUGUGUUUACCACUGAUGCUAAUAUUAGAGUAUUUGCCGGGACCUACAACGUUAAUGCUUUGGAGCCGCUGGCCAAUAUUGAUCUUACAAGUUGGCUAUUCCCACCAGAAAACGAGGUCGUGCCUGACAUUUAUGCUGUUGGGUUCCAAGAAUUGAUUGAAUUGAAUGCGGGUGCAUUCCUUGCUGGUGAUGUUACGAAACCGCAAAAAUGGGCGGCAAUUUUAAAUCAGCAACUAAAUUCUCAGCGAGAACAGUAUGUCCUUUUGCGAACUGAAUCAAUUGCAUCAAUGUCAUUGUUUUUAUUCGUGAGAAAGGCAUCCAUUCAGCAUGUAACGCGUGUAUCUGGAUCCUCGAAAAAGACCGGGUUGGGAGGUAUCGCAGCAAACAAAGGGGCUUGUGCUGUUCGAUUCGAAUAUGGAGCUACGUCGUUUGCAUUAGUCACAUCGCAUUUAGCAGCGGGGACCACGGCCAUUGCCGAACGGUUCAAUGACUAUACCACCAUCAUGCAAGGAAUGGUGUUUACAAGAAACUACUCGAUCCAUGAUCAUGAUCAUGUCAUUUGGUUUGGUGAUUUAAACUACCGUAUUGAUUUGCCUAACGGACAAUGUCGUAAUUUAAUUGAAAAUGGAGCAUUUGAUGAAUUGGUGAAACAAGAUCAAUUGAAAUUGGAAAUGAGAGGUAAAGGUGCAUUUCUGGAGUUUAACGAAGGGGCAGUUAAGUUUUAUCCCACUUAUAAGUUUGAUAAAGGAACUUCCAACUACGACCUGUCAGAAAAGCAAAGAGUACCAUCAUGGACUGAUCGGGUAUUAUAUCUCAGUUUGAAAAAGAAACGGAAUGACUUGAAACAGUUGAAUUAUAAUUCAGUCAUGGAUGUCUAUUUGAGUGAUCAUAAGCCGGUGUAUUCUACAUUUCAAGUAAAGGUUGAAUUUGUCGAUAAAGCCAAAAAAUCAGCCAUGGCAAAGGAUUUAUACGAUAGAUAUAGGAAAGAGCAUGGUAACUCAUACGAUUUGGUUUCGUUGAAUACAUUAUCGCCAACACCAUCCACAAAGUCAGUUUCAUCAUCGAACAAGAAUGAGAGUUUUGUUACUGAUGCAUUAACCGAUUUGAAUUUAUUGGAUGAUUUCGACCCUCACGCGCCCAACUUACCUGCUCGACCCCAUCCAAAUUCAACAGCGCCUAGACGUGUGCCUCCCCCACCAGCAAGUAGAAAGACAACAUCAACAUCAUUAGCAUCAUCACUUCCAACAAAUGAGACAAAUCCUUCUUCACCGCCUGUGCGGUCUAAUUCCAGCUUUCACCAACCACAUGUACCUCGUAAAUUACCACCAUUACAAACACCUAUACCGGCAUCAAAUGGAGGAACGAAACCUGCAACUGAUGUGGAAGGUUCUCCAAAACCAAUGAAGGUACCAUUUGGAUUCUCAUCAUCACCAUUAAUCCCCAGUCGCUCCAAUCUGAAUUCGCCAGUCGCUACACCCACACAAAUUUCCAAUACUAACAAACCUGUCACACAUCAUCAUCAUAACAACACUGAGUUGAAGCCAAUGGUGCCCAAUAAACCAUCAUCGUUGGCAUCGUCAAAAUUGAAAACGGCGGAAAACAACGACAGCGAUGAGGAUUCUGCUAAUGGCGUCAAUAAUAGAGGAGAAACAAAGGAAAAAACAAAUGGAGCAGCUGCUGCAUCUUCCAAAUCAGUAUCGCAGUCACCACUGCCACCACCACCUCCUCCAGUGAGUCGUAACAUGAGGACAAUGUCUGAUUGGCAACCUCUAGUGCCGAAGUAA